UGAAGGGGCGGGGUAUCCAUUCGUGACGUAAGCGUUGUCCCAAAGCCGCUGAGAAAAGACGGACGAGAGAAAGAAGGGGGCGCUGUGCGACGAGUCGGACCCGUUGUUAAGGGAGUCUCAAGGCCGGCGCUAGAGCUGGCGGCAGCCGGAAAGCCAAGCGAGCAUGGAGGCCGCGGCCGGGCCGGAGCUGCAGGUCGGCUCGCUGGUAUCGGUCCUAGUGGAGCAGAUGGUGAACGACACUCUGGUGGUGACACUGAGCUCCGGGGAGAAGCGAUACAGCGGGAUCCUGCUGGACUGUACCAAGAAAUCUGGGUUGUUCUGUGUGCCGUCUGCUCCGUUUCCAAAGCAUGAUGAACCACCUAUGGAUAUUGUUCCUGUUGGUGAUCUUGAGCAUCCACCAGCUGAAACUGCUCUUCAAGAUGUUAGCCAACCUCCACCAAGCAACAAUCCAUGCCCUUCUCUCCUUCCACCACCAGGGAUCGCUCCUUCUUAUCCUCCUUACUUUGAAGGUGCCCCCUUACCUACGCCUUUGUGGCUGAGGCACUCCUACAAUCAGUGGGUCCCUCAGCCACCACCACGGACUAUCAAAAAGACAAAAAGACGAAUUUCAAGAAACCGAGACUCAGGAAGGCUCAUAAUGAGCACCAUUCGGCUAAGGCCACGUCAAGUGCUUUGCGAGAAAUGCAAAAACACACUAAAUUCAGAAGACACUGAUAAAGAUAAACAAAAUGACUCUAAAAACAGUAAGAGGCUUAACAAUGAUGAUAAAGACAAAAGUAAAUCUCAGCCUAACUGUGAAGACCUAAAGACUACGAAAGAUAAAAAGGAGGAACAAAGUACCUCUAAAGACUUGGUGCACAGGAGUCCAGUUAUAAAGAUUUCUUACAGUACACCACAAGGUAAAGGGGAAGUGGUUAAGAUUCCAUCACGUGUUCAUGGCUCUAUUGAGCCGUUUUGUCCAAACCAGACUCUACAAAAUGGAAGCGCGGACCAAGAAAUGCCAAAGGAUCUUGAUAGACGUACACCCAGACGCUUGGUGGAUAAAUCAACAAGUAACCGGUUAGCUUCCAUUCCAAAGUUAAAGCUACCUAAACCCUCACAUUCCAGUCUGGAGGCGCCACCUCCUAAAAUCAGAUUAAAACCUCAAAGGGGCAGUGGCGGACAGAGUGUUUCUGUUUAUAAGUCUGAGCUCAUAGAUGGGAUCCAUGAUCUCCAAAACCAAAACAGCAGAGGGUCUGAAACGGAUUCUUCUUCCUUUUAUAUGGAUGACUCUAGAGAAAGAAGCUUUCAUGAUGUCUCCUUAGGGAGUUCAGGGGAAGAUGAUGACUUUAAGGGGUUUCCGCACACCAGAGAAGAGCAUAACCUACAUUUACUUAGGGCGUACCGGAAAAGAAAGGCCGAUUCUUCUAGUGCUUCUUUAUGUAGCAAUGACAGUUUAGAGGAAUCCAAAUCCUCUUGUCUGGAACUUAAUGGCAUGGAAUUUUGUGACCUUCUUCCUGGGGAUGACCUCUCUGUGUCGUCUUCCAAAGAGGAACAAAAAACGGUCCCACCUCUCACGGUCAGGCUGCUCACUAAAAGCGUUUCGAACUGCAUUACUGUAGAGGGAAAGACUGUUUCAGUGGGGGAUAUAGUAUGGGGGAAAGUUCACGGUUUUCCAUGGUGGCCUGCAAGGAUUCUGAGUAUUAACGUCAAUCAAAAAGAGGACGGAGAUCCAUCUUGGCAAGAGGCGACCGUUUCAUGGUUCGGUUCUCCGACAGUUUCUAGUUUAUCGGUUUCAAAACUUUCCUCGUUCUCGGAAUUCUUCAAACUGCGGUUUAACCGCAAGAAGAAAGGAGUGUACCGGAAAGCUAUUGCUGAGGCUGCUAAAGCUACUGAUCACCUGACUCCAGAAAUUAGGGAACUGUUAAUGCAGUGUGAAACGUAGCAUUAGGACCUGUAGCAGAUAAGGUCAGAACACAGCUGCUCCCUCCUCCUGAAAAACAUCCUGACGUGUUCCCCCUGGAGACUCUUGCCAUGCUUCAUCCUCGAGAGGAAGACGAGGCACCCUGCCAUCUGUCACGCGGCGUCUGUCACCUGACCACCAGGUAGAACUCGUUGUACAAAACCAAAUCUACAUCACCCGGAAAAACCAAAUCGAUUUACAUUUCUGAUCGAGGAACCCAACAAACUCUCUAUUUAUUACUGAAAGAAUUUCUACUUUUUUGUUAAAAAUUUUAAAAACAACACACAUGCACACCCUCUUGCUGCUGCUUAGUUUACAGGUAAUAGACUAAAGCUACGAUCCGAAACUAAACGGAAGUAUUUAAUCCGAGGAUACGACUGCAAUAGGAUUCUCAUCGUAGGUCUCUUACAAGUGCUAAUUAUUAAACGUUACGGAGAAAUCGUCAGACGCACCUUCGCUUUUUUCCCGCUCACGUCUGUUUCCUGAAAUCUUUGCCAAAUUUUAUAGUCCAUCCUGCUGUAAUCGCGGUUCUUGGUUAACGGUUAUCGUAACUCUGGGCUAAACAACAAGUUGAAGUUUGUAUUUUCUACCAAGAUAUCGAGAAGUUUUCUUUUUGAUCCCAGAAAACGGUUAUAGGGUUUUAUUCACGCUAAAAUAUACCCUGAGGAGUAAGGUUUAUCUUGCCGUUGUAUUUCCUUCAGCAGAAAACGAAGGGGGCUAAUUUACUAGAAUAGUUAAUAAAUUGUCCUGGUGCAUUGACCCAUAACAACCAAUCAAAGCUUAGCUUUCAUGCUCCAGUUUUUAGUAGACCGUUAAGAACUGUAUGCUCAUUGGUUGAUCUAUGUAAAUACACUGGCGCAGUUGAGCACCGAUGCAAGUAAAGAAGCCUUAUGAGUGAAGACCUUUGUAAAUUCCGGGGCUCAUUUACCAACAAAGGUGCUGUUUAUGUGCGGGGCAGGGCAUUUUGCCAUCCAAUGGAAAGCAGUGGUGGACAAUACCCAGUGUAGGGCAGUGGUGGGAUUCAGGACCAAGACGUUUUGGUUCCAAGGUCUGCAUUUUUGUGUCCAAUAAGAAGCUUCUCAUUCAGAUGUACCACGACAGGGGCAUUUUGUCCACCACCAACGGCAACCUUUGCUUUCAAAGCCUAAGUAGACUACCCACCCAAGACUAUUUGUUGAUCGAUUGCUCCGGGGCAAUGCAGCACCUGUUUUUAGUAAAUAAGUCCCUCCGCACCCCAACAUUUUCUAUAUACGUAUGAGCAGGAGCUACCAUAUUGUUUGCAACACUCUUUAUGACCAUAAACGGAAGAUAAUGUGCUUUGCUAAUGCUGAAGACACAGGUUUGGGAUUGCCCAUUCUGUAUAAAUCACAGCUGUUCUCUGCAUAUAGCAAUCCUUCGACAUGUCAUGGAAGAUCCUUCUAUAAGGCUGAACAGUGCUUAUAUUCAUAUAAACAUAUAUUCGUUGUUUAAAGAGGAAAUAAACAGACAGCCCCUACUUUUCGAAAGGGUAUAUUUAGCCUUUAAUAUGAUCAGCUGAAAGGAGUUGUUCCCCUUACAUUGUAUUUUUGUUAUUGUGUUGAUUGUGUAAUUCUAAGACCGUUUGCACAGUUAUUUUUAUUUUUCUGCAGUUGGGAUUUAAACGGUUACCUGGUUGGUAGGGACUAAUUAACCUAGCAACCAGGGAGGCCAUUUUGAACUCAAAAUAGUAGAGAAACUGAAUAUAAAAAUAAACAAAAAUAAAAAAUAAGAAUCACACUCCGAAUGCUUUUUCUGUUGCAGUCAAGAAAUAGGCAACAUGGGAAAGUUAAUAAAUCAAAUCUUCCGCAAAAUAUAUAUACUUAGGGAUGCACCAAAUCCAGGAUUUGGUUUGGGAUUCGGCCUUUUUCAGCAGGAUUUGGCCGAACCAAAUCAGAUUCCUAAUUUGCAUAUGCAAAUUAGGGGUGGGAGAGAAAUCUUGUGACUUUGUCACAAAACAAGGAAGUAAAAAAUGUUGUCCCCUUCUCACUCGGUUCGUUAUUCGGCUGAAUCUUUCACAAAGGAUUCAGAGGUUUGGCCAAAUCCAAAAUAGUGAAUUCGGUGCAUCCCUAUAUAUAAUGACGGCCAACUGACAGGUUGCUUGGAAUAGUUCAAUCUAUACCAUACUAAACAUAAAGGUAAAUUCAGAGUUGAACUUCCCCUUCAGAUUCAAUGUGAAGUUAUGGCAUACAAUUCCAAAGAUAAUCAAAUACAGCAAAAAAAAAAAAAAAUACUUUGGCUUUUUGAUAAAUUCUUCAUUGGGUUUUUUUUUUCCCCCAAAAUGUUUUGCUGGGAUUGAAAAUGAACAAGUUACUCGCCGAUUCAGUAGGACUCCAUUUAUGCAAUGUUGCAGAGAAAUGCAAUUUUUUUAAAGCCAGUUGAAAUUGGAUUUUUUUUUUUUUUUUUUUGUAAUUUAUUAUUAAAUAAAUGUUUAUGUGCUGUUCUGCAACAAA